AUGCCGCAGACGCAAGUCCCCUACCGCUACAAACGUUUGACCUCGACAGCCACGACGCGGCUGGUUCAGAUCCAGCCAUCCACUGCAUCCGGAUCCGGCAUCGUCGUGGACAUCAUCGAGGCGUUCCCGGGCGGGCGCGUCGAGUACGAUGCUCUGUCCUACACCUGGGGCACGGCCGCCCCGGACAAGCCCAUCGUGGUCAACAACGACCGGCGUCUCCUGGUCACGGACAACCUGGCCCGGGCGAUGCGGCGCUUCCGGCACCCGGCGGAAACGGUGUCGCUCUGGAUCGACCAGCUCUGCAUCGACCAGAGCAACGACCGGGAGCGCAGCCGCCAGGUGGCCAUGAUGGGCACGAUCUACCGGUCCGCGCGCAAGGUCAUCGUCUGGCUUGGGGAGGGCGACGACGGGCCGGCCCAGCUCAGCAACAUCAGGCCGGGCCUGCGCCUCGCCGGCCAGAUCCUCGAGAAGCUGCGCGAGGACCCCGGCCUCAAGUUCGACUGGAGCACGUCGUUCGGGAGCGCCGGCGCCGGCUUCCUGCCACGCGCUGGCAACAAGCCCUGGCAGGCGCUCGCCGCCAUCCUCCGCCGUCCGUGGUUCGGCCGCAUGUGGGUCAUCCAGGAGGUGGUCCUGUCGUCCAGCAUAGAGGUCUACUGCGGGAGGGAAAUGUUCACGUGGGAAGAGGUGGGCAAGAUUGUCGACUAUCUGGACUGCGACGAGUACCGGGCGUACAACAUCCGCAACUCCGAGCUGGUGACCGAGCUGCCCUUCUCGCGCAUCAACCGCAUCAAGAAGCAGCACGAGCGGGGCAUCCGACCCGACCUGUUCGAGCUGAUGCUGGCAUGUCGGCACUUUGGCGCGACGGAUGAGCGGGAUAAGAUAUACGCGUUGCUAGAGCUCGGCCACCACGACAUUACUCCCGACUACAGCAUGACGCCAAGAGACGUAUUUGUAGACUUCGCAGCCCGGACGGUCAGGAUGGCGCAGCAGCCGAGACAUUGCUGCGGUUACGGCGCCGAGAACCCGCAUCACUUUGAGUGUUGUGCUGACGGCUUGCAAGACCGGGACAAGUAUCUCCGGAUCAUGACCAUGUUGUGCUGCGCCGGCGCCUCCAAUCAGCGGCAGCCGCUGCACGGCAGCGAGAGGCUCCCGUCCUGGGUUCCAGACUGGACGCAGCCCCUGCAAGUGCGACCCUUUUGCUUCUGGGGCUCAAAGACCUUCGCAGCCGGCGACAGCGAGUACGGAGAGAUACGCGUGCACGAGGGCAAUGCACGACUGUCCAUCACGGGAAAGCUCCUCGACACGAUACGAGCCGCAGGCAGCGUGAACCUGAACCUCACCGCCAAUAUCGCCGACGCGAAGGCGGAACGGGAACUGAUCGCGCAGUGGUACGCCGACUGCGACCGCGUCGUCGCGCAGAGCCACUUCCCGUACCCGGUGACGGGCCAGGCGCCGGGGGUGGUGCUGAAGAAGAUAUUCGAGCACAACGCCAUCAGCUCGACGCCGCCGACGGCGACGGCGACGGCGCCAGCGCCAGCACACGACGCGCACCAACACCGACGCCCGCAGCACCAGCAGAGACGCUCGUCGGGCAACCUGAUCGACGAUCUCGCCAGCCCUCGGAAUCUCCUCCCGGACCACCACUACGAGUCGACGAUGGGGGUCGCCGUCGGCCGCGUGCUCUUCCUGACGACUGCAGGCUACAUGGGUCUGGCGCCGCACGGCACCCGCCACGGCGACGUGGUCUUCGUCAUGCUGGGCUGCGACAUCCCGUUCGUCCUGCGGCCGGCCGGCUCCGGAAACGAUGGUAGCGGCGGCGGCGGCGACUAUGUGCUGCUCGGCGAAUGCUUCGUGUACAAGGCCAUGAGCGGCGAGGCGAUGCGCGACGACAGCAAAGCGGUCCAGGAUGUUACCAUCAUAUGA